CAAAAUCGAAAUCGAAGAACGACCAUUCAAAAUCAGUUACGUGGAUAUCGUCUGCUAUACAAGGAACAAUAACAUUGGUUGGAUAGUUGUUCUUUUAUAGAUUUAAUAAAAAUUUUUCAUUGUCGUCAUCAUUAACACAUCAUCAAAGACAAGUAAUAUGUAAAUAAACAAUUACCUUGACAAUGUGGGGGUUAAAAGGGACUUUGUAUAAUAAAUUUUUAGUAUUAUUAGUUAAUUUUUAUAUUGUUUAUUGCCACGAUUUAAAAGCUUUCGAUGACACUGUGCUUUUCAAAAUAAAUUGGCCGGGCAAAAGUAGUGCAGAAUUAUUGGAACCAGAAAACGUGGAACCUUAUUUUAUCACAACAGCUAACAAUGAAAAAUAUCAGUGUCAUAUUCCCGACACAAAUAAACAAGAAAGUGAUCAGGGUGAAACGUACACUGGACCAAAUGCAAUCGAAAUCCUGGCUCCACUUUUCAAUCAGAAAAGCUGCUCCUACCGACUAGAGUCAUAUUGGACAUAUGAAUUGUGUCAUGGUCGACACGUUCGACAAUAUCAUGAGGAGCGCGAAGGAAAAAAAGUGAAUCUUCAAGAAUUUAGUUUGGGCACAUUUGAUAAAACACAAAAAAUAAAAAUGUCCAUUGAAUAUGAUGAAUUGGCAAAAAAUUCCAAUCGUAAAAUACAUAUUCCAAUGAAAAAAGUCGAUGGAAUUAAUAUGCCUUAUGUGGAAAUAAAUAUGAAUGAUGGUACAAUGUGCGAUUUAAAUAAUAAACCACGUUCAACAAGAGUACUUUAUGUUUGUUAUCAACAUGGAAAACAUGAAAUUUUCUCACUCAAAGAAAUAUCAAGUUGUGAAUAUGAAGCUGUUGUAUUAUCGCCAUUACUUUGUUCACAUCCUGAUUAUAAGCCACAAAAUACUGGCGAAAAUGACAUUAAUUGUCGACCAGUGGAUGAUGCACCAAAAAGGCCACGAUCAUUGUCACAACUCGAGGCCGAGAGUCUUAAAUUGAGACAUCAAAAAAUACCGGAUGAUGAAAAGAAGCAGAAAGUCUAUGCGAUAUUCCAUGUAGAUAAGGAAGGACAGGAUGGAGAAACACGCGUGAGAGUUGAGAUACGUCCAAUGGACAUUCUUGAUAAACACUACAAUAUUGAUGAAACUGUGAGUAAUUUAGUGGAUCAGGAAUUAAAUUUAGCUAAAGCUAAUCCUGUUCAAAGUUUUUUGAGUGGCAAGAACUGCUUGAAUGGAGGAAAUGGAUGGUGGAAAUAUGAAUUCUGUUAUGGUCGAUCGGUUAUGCAAUAUCAUUUGGAAAGAGAUGGAACGAAGACAACUGUUGAUUUAGGGAAAUUCGAUAAAGAAAAACAUUUAAAGUGGAUCGAGGCACAUCCUCAUAAAAAGCCAAAACCUCUUGUACAGAGAAAACAACUUUCACACUUUUACAGCGAUGGAAGUAUUUGUGAUAAGACUGGCAAACUGAGACAAACAGAGGUGAAAUUGAAAUGCGUAACAAAUCCUCUCGGCAGUCAAUCGAGUGUUUCACUAUUUCUUUUGGAACCAAAAACAUGUGAAUAUAUUUUAGGUGUUGAAUCCCCUCUAAUUUGCAAUAUUCUUCAAUAUGCAGACAGUGAAACUGGUUUAAUAAGUGAAAAUGCAUUUUUAACAUUAAGUGAAAGUAAAUCAACUUCCAAAUCCGAUGAGGAAGAUAUUUUAGAGAAAUUACCGAAUCGUGAUGAAUUAUAAAAAAAAUAUAUAUAUAUAUAUAUAUUUAAAGAGUUUUGCACAAUUUUUGUUUGUUUGUUAAUUAUUCAUUAAGUUCAAUUUAGAAAAAAAAAUACAUUACCAAGUUUGUAUUUAAAUUUCAAAUGUUUACACAUUUUUUAUAGAAGAAAAAAAAGUUUCUAAUCGAUUGAAAAACAGUGAAUUAAAAAAAAAAAAAAAAAAAAAA